AUGCGCGCCGCAACGCGGUUGCUCCCGAAAGCAGCAUCGAUAUCGAUAUCGCUAUCAACAUCGCAAUCUCAGAAUCCCAUCAGGCGAAUUGUUACACAACCAGCGACGACGACGCCUUGCCGGGAUUUUUUCUCUGGGACGAGAAUUUUAAGGCAGAAGGAUAAAGAGGAUUCUAGGGCCAAAGCGAAGGAGCUGGGCCAGGAUGAGCAGGAAAAUGGGUUUGAUAAUCAGAUGGAUAAUGCUAUUGGGGAGCAGAGGGAACUGCAGGCUAGGACGCCGUGGCAUAGGGAGGGCUCGGAUAGACCGCCUGUUAAGAGGGAUAGGAGUGCGGGGGCUAUGACUAAGGGGAAAUUCCUCACGACUCCCUCCCGCCUCAUGAAACUCAUACUACCGCUCACGACCCUCGACAAGAACAGCGAUAGGAAGGAUAUUGAACCCCUAGCAUUACUGGUUCAUCCCCAACAACCACUCUCGUAUCUCGAACGCCUAAUCCAGUCAGAACUGCCUAUGAUAAAGACGAAGGAUGGCAAAGAGAAAGUCCCAGAUGUGUUCUUCCGCGCCGAAGACAGCGCUCAGGAUGAGAUUAAAGCUGAUACGCGGGAUUUCGACGAAGAUGAGGAUGCAGAAGAACAUGGGAGCGAUGAGCAGAUGGUCGACGGCAAGAAGAUGAAGCUGGGUAAGAUCGAGUCUGGUUCUAAAGACACAGAGGCCAGAAAAGAGAGGCAGAUCGAGGCCGGGCUAAGAGGCGGGCCAGGCGAAGGAGGGGUUGAAAGUUAUUCUGGACGAGGCCACGAAAGCCCGUCUACAGAUGGCGAGAAGAAAUUUGUGCGCUGGUCGUCGUCUACCGAAAUUGGAGAUUUCAUCCGUGAUGCUGCGCGCGGCAAAGAGUUCGCGGUUGAGAUCGAGGGCGCCAGUAAGGAGAUUCGAGUCGGUGUUCCUAGCUUCAACGACCGGACGCAUUAUCUACGUGUUAGAUUAAGGAAAGCGAGUAGGAAACUUGCAACCCUUACUACUUUGAAGAAGGAAUGCGACGAGCUUGCUCAUAGGAGCGCGCAGCGGAUAGCAAUGGGUGGGUUUGGUGUCAUGCUUACGUGGUGGCUUGCGAUUUACCAUUUUACGUUCCAGACGGACUAUGGCUGGGACACCAUGGAACCCGUCACCUACCUUGUUGGGCUCUCGACGAUCAUGACGGGCUAUCUGUGGUUCUUGUACCACAACCGCGAGGUUUCGUACCGAUCAGCGCUCAAUCUGACGGUAUCUCGCAGACAGGAUACGUUGUAUCAAUCGCGGGGCUUUGAUCUGCAGAAAUGGGAGGCGUUGAUUGAGGAAGCGAAUGCGCUGAGGAAGGAGAUCAAGAGCGUGGCACACGAAUAUGAUGUGGAGUGGGAUGAGCGGAGCGACGAGGGGAGUGAGGAGGUGCAUGAUGCGCUGAAGCAGGAGCGAGCUAAGAAUAGGAGUAAGAGGGAGGAUGACGAUGAGGACGGGGAUGGGGGAUCCGGAGAUACGAAGGGGAAGGAGAAGAGUACUGGGAAGAAGGAAUAG